AUCAAACCGAGUUAAGGAUGCUUAUAAUCCGACAUUAUAAUACAUCUGAUCGUUAACAUUUUAGCAUAAAAGAUGGGUAUUGACAUGCGACAUAAUAACCUUCGCAAAGCAGUGCGAAGGACUCCAAAGACGGAUAAUCCUUACAUAGUUUUAUUAUAUAAGCUUUAUAAAUGUUUGGCGACCAAGACGAAUUCGAAAUUCAACAGAAUCAUCUUAAAGCGCAUUAUAAUGAGUAGGACUAACCGUGCACCUAUCUCACUUGCUAGAAUAGUACGUAAAUCAAAAGGAGAAGAAAAUAAAUUAAUUGUUAUAGUAGGAAAAAUAACAGAUGAUAAGAGACUUUACAAAGUUCCCAAUUUAAAAAUAUGUUCUUUGGCCUGCACUAAAACUGCUAGGCAAAGAAUUUUAAAAGCAGGAGGUCAACUCUUUACUUUGGAUCAACUACCUCUGAAAGCUCCAACAGGGAAAAAUACUAUGCUCUUGCAAGGGCCUAGAAAAGCCAGAGAAGUCUAUAGACAUUUUGGACCUGCACCUGGGGUUCCACAUAGCCAUACCAAACCAUAUGUCAGAUCAAAGGGAAGGAAAUUUGAAAAGGCUAGAGGUAAAAGGAAGAGUCGCGGAUAUAAAGCAUAAACAUGUUAUUUAUGUUACACUUGAAAUAUAAUAAAAUUUUAUGUUAUUACAAUAAAUUGAAAGGUUCUUUAUAUUAUUGUAUUUACAUAUAACCUUGUUUAUAAUAAAUAUCAUCUUAUGGGCUGAA